UUCUCCGGAAAACUUCUAAAAGCGGAAAACCUGAAAAACCCAAAAACUAUAAUCAAACUUCAAACUCGAAACUUCAAGCUCCAAACUCCUCGUGUCGAUGUUGUUCAGCAAAGCAAUAAAAACUGUAAUUAGUGUGCGCUUGUGGACUCGCCAAAUUUAAUUAGCAAACAAUGCGGUGAAAAGUGGCAAAUAAAUAAAAACAACAAUCUGAAGAGGAAAAGGGUAUAAAAACUCAGCUAGCAAAAAAACAAUAUAAACGAAAUGCAGUUUCCAAUGAUUAGUGCAACAAAGGGACCACAGAGUAAUCUAAUUUGUGUUGGCAUCCAAAUCAGAUUACAAGCUUAAAUAGUUGUGUGAUCCGGUAUUAUUUUUAACUUUCCCAAAGGAAAUUUAAAAAAAUUUAAAUCAAUAUUUACAUUUUACAGUGAUGGUCUCCUAUGAGUGAAAAUAUUUGAAAGUUUCCUAGAGUGACUUCCAAACUAACAAAAAGUUUACAGUUUAAGUUUAUAACUAAAGAAUAAAUAAGAAACUGGAUAUCUUAUCAGCUGCAAAAAAGUGAAUAUUUAAUCCUUAGGCCAGCGAUGAAUGCAGGUGCUGUGUAAGUGCCCCUGCUCUGGAGAGGGGCGGAUCCGGGCAUCCGCAUCCGCAUCUGGAACCCAGUGGAAUCAAAGCCGGAACGUGACUUUUGCCGAAAGUAAAUUGAGCCACCGCAGCAGCGAUAAAAGCGAUAAAAAGCUGCCAUGCCAACCGGCGAGUGUUGCUAGGAAGGACACUCUUUAUCGCCGAGAUAAAGGAUCCAUGGAGGGGCCAAAUCCAGGUGCACCCGUGAUGAGAGCCGAUGACAUCUAUUCGCGGGUGCCCCUGCCCCUACUCCUCCUCCUGGUCACGCAGCUCCUGGCCUCCGCCGGGGGCACUCCCCUGCCCCAUCCCUGUGCCCACAAGGGCAUGGCCGAGUUGAUUCGCAGCAGUCCGGUGAUUGUCAAGGCCCUGGCCGCCCGGGUCUUUACUGACAUGGAUGUGGAGUCGACGGCACAGGACACGAUUUUAAUAACAUUAACGCCGGAAACCAUAUACAAGGGUGCCUCGCUGCUGAAAGUGGCCAACGGCGGUGGCGAUGCCGAGGACCCAAUGUCCCCGCGAGCCGGCGGUCUGAUGUCCUGGAGCUCGGGACGCAGGAGCCGAGGGUCGAGCGGGGGAGCCCCGGGCGGUGGUUCCUCCUCCUGGAGUGACGCUGCUGCUGAGUCAGCCUUUCAGUACGAGGGUCAGCUAAAUGCAACCCUCCAGCCACUGCGUUGUUUCGAUAAUAACAUGCUGAAAAUGCUGCCGGCUGAAUUAAUUGCCUUUGGCAAACUCCUGCCCGCUGCGACGGCAACAUCCUCCGCAGGGGGAGGUGGAGGCGGAAGCACUCCCUCUGCCGCCAACCGCCCAGCCCAGUUGCAACGACCGCCCGUGGGUGGCGCCACUGAUGUGCUGCAAAUCAGCGUCAACGGUCUGCAUCGCUGGACGCCGCAGUUCGAGAAUCAUAUCUGGAAGCAUUUGGGCUGGGACGAUUGGAGCGACUUCACCCUGUGCAGUGUGACCUGUGGUCAGGGGGUGCAGCAGCGCUUCCGGCGCUGCCUGCUGGACAAUCCGCUGGUGGACAUGAACAUGAACAUAAACCUGGAGGACGACGACGAGGAUGAUGCGGAGGAUGCGGACGACGAGGCCGCCGUUGAGCUGACCGUGUCCAAGGAGGCGGACACUUUCAGCGAUGGCAAUAACGAUCUGCUGGCAGAUGAUGAGGAUGAGAACGACCUGCUCAUAAUGCGGGCAAGUGGCGACGAGUCAUUGCAUAAAUUUGACCAAGCUACGACGAUAAUGCCGCAGACCAGAGUCCGUGCCCAUUCCCAUCUCAACUCGAGUCCGAAUCCCAGUCCCCCGGGAGAAACAAGCGGCGGUAAUGAACCACCAUCAGAUGGAGAAGGUGAGGGAGGAGCAGGAGGUGUGGCCAACGAGGGUGAGUUUGUGCCGAGUGCACACAGUGACCGGGAUGGGAACCGAGUUGCAGUUGGAGCAGGAGGAGUCACCUCCAGAGUUGGCACCAGGAAGGCACGUGCCAGCAGUCAGCACAAAAAACACAGGCCUGCCAAAAGCGUGGCCCUUUCCACACUCCUUUGCGAGGGAUACAACAUCGAGCAGCGCAACUGCAACAUCUUCGAGUGCAGUGAUGAUAUAAGUGAUCUGCUAAAGUUCUACAAGAAGCUGCCGAUGGGUGAGGAGCUGCCCACCCAGUCCUCGGAUGCUUCCUUCGCCUCCUCCUACCCGGAUCCGUAUUCAAAUGCGGAUAUCACCACGGUGGGAUUGAUGGGCACUGCCUUUAGUCCCACACCCUCGACGCCCUACAACAUGGGCUACAUAAGGAGCUGGCGGAAUCUGCUCAACUUCACGCUAAUGGUCACACUGAGGUCAAAGAACGAUACCAAGAGCACGGCGACCAUAUUCUCCAUUCGCAACGCCACCCACAAUCUUUAUCUGGAGGCCUGCAAGGACGGACUGCGUCUGUAUCUCGAGCGGGACAAUGCGACGGAAAUGUUGCCGGUGAAAUUCAAUUUAUACGAUUAUCGCUGGCACCAAGUGGCCAUCAGCAUACAGAAUGGCGAUUUCAUAUCGAUUUACGUCGACUGUGCGUGGACAAACAGUUUUGUUGUCUCCAAGCGACUUUUCACGUUGCCCGUGGACGCGGAUGUGGAAAUUGGACGCGGCUUUAAUGGGGAGCUGCAGCAACUGCUCGUCCUGCCGGAGAACCAGGAGAAGCUGCAGUGCAGCAACAAGCGCACCUCCAUCAACGAGGUGAAGCGCUACAUCAUCGACACUUUCAUCGAGGACUACAAUGGCAACUGAGAACUGGGAUAAAUCGAAUCCCAAUUGACCGAAAGCCACUGAAUAUGAGUGUGCAUGCAAACAAAAUAUGCGAUAUGCGUAUAUUAUAUUGCCGCAAAUCCACACAAAAUCCGUUUACAAAUUCGGCAAAUCAAAACUGCAUAGAUUUAUGAUUAUUCAUUUCAUUUGCAUAUAUCUAUACAUUUAAGGGCAAAAAAGUAUGUGCAACUAUACAUACUAAUAUAACGCAUACGCCAUGUGAUUUAUGCGCUAGCAAACAGCGCACUCCACUCCACACACAGCCCAUAUAAAGUCGGUAGGAUUCGAUUACGGCCACAUUAUGGAAGAAUAUUUGUAAUAAUUAAGCUAAUUUGACGUAAUACAAUAAUUGUAAACGCAGAAAUUAAUACCAUUUGCAUAGCGCCAGGCAAAUGCAAAAAAAGAGAACAGAAAGAUCAAAUAUAACGAAACUAUGUAUAUGGUAAAGAGGA